CCCUACUACGCUCCUCUCUUAUAUUAUUAGAACGAAACAACUAAAAAUCAUCUCUGCAAAAAAUAAAAAGGAUCUUUCCUUUUCUCCUCUCUAAUGGCCGCAACGGUCAUUUUAUUCCUUCACUUAACCUUCUUCUCCACCGUAUUCUUCUCCAGAUUCCACCACACCACCGCCGUCUCAUCAGAGAUACAAGCACUCACAUCGUUCAAACUCUCACUCCACGACCCUCUAGGCGCUCUCGAAUCAUGGAACCAAUCGUCUCCCUCAGCUCCAUGCGACUGGCACGGCGUUUCCUGCUUCUCCGACCGUGUACGAGAGCUUCGUCUCCCUCGUCUCCGCCUUUCAGGCCACCUCAGUCCUCGACUCGGUGAGUUAACUCAGCUCCGUAAACUCAGUCUCCACUCAAACGACAUAAACGGCGCCGUUCCUUCUUCUCUCUCCCGCUGCGUCUUCCUUAGAGCGCUUUACCUCCACUACAACUCCUUCUCCGGCGAUUUCCCACCGGAGAUAUUGAAUCUCAGGAACCUCCAAGUCCUCAACGCUGCUCACAACUCACUCACCGGAAACAUCUCCGGCGUCACAGUCUCGAAGAGUCUCCGUUACGUAGAUUUGUCUUCCAACGCAAUCUCCGGCAAGAUUCCGGCGAAUUUCACGGCGAAAUCAUCUCUCCAGCUCAUCAACCUCUCGUACAACCGUUUCUCCGGUGAGAUCCCGGCGACAUUGGGACAACUACGAGACCUAGAGUACCUAUGGCUAGACUCAAACGAGUUACAAGGCACAAUACCAUCUGCAUUAUCAAACUGUUCGUCGCUUAUUCACUUCAGCGUAACCGAGAACUCCCUCACCGGUUUAAUCCCGGCGACUCUCGGGAAGAUCCCAAACCUCCAGGUGAUUUCAUUAUCGGAGAAUUCAUUAACCGGAACAGUACCGGCGAGUCUUGUAUGUGGCUAUUACGGUUACAAUUCGUCCAUGCGGAUCAUUCAAUUAGGAGUUAAUAACUUCACGGGGAUAGCUAAGCCGCCGUCUUGCGUGAACCCUAAUUUGGAGAUCCUCGACGUUCACGAGAAUCGCAUUGAUGGCGAUUUUCCCGCGUGGUUGACUGAUUUGACCUCUUUAAUCGUUUUGGAUUUAUCUAGAAACGGUUUCUCCGGCGGUAUUCCGGGUCAAAUUGGGAGCUUCGCGGCGCUUCAGGAGCUGAGAGUAGCUAACAAUUCGUUCGUUGGUGAAAUCCCGACGAGUCUCGGAAACUGCAGAUCGUUGCGUGUCGUUGAUUUCGAAGGGAACAAGUUCUCGGGUCAGAUUCCGGGGUUUUUUAGUCAGUUACGGAGCCUGACAACGGUAUCUCUCGGAAGAAACGGGUUCUCGGGUCGGAUUACAUCGGAUCUUCUUACGUUACACGGACUCGAGACGUUGAGUCUCAACGAGAAUCAUCUCGCUGGAAUCAUACCGUCGGAGAUAACGAAGCUAGCUAAUCUUAGCGUUCUUAAUCUCAGCUUCAAUAGAUUUUCCGGUGAAAUUCCGGCCAAUGUGGGUGACUUAAAGAGCUUGAGUGUUUUAAACCUAAGUGGAUGCGGGUUAACGGAUCGGAUUCCGGUUAGUGUUAGCGGUUUAAUGAAGCUUCGGGUUUUGGAUUUAAGUAAACAGAGUAUCUCCGGUCAGUUACCAGUCGAGCUCUUUGGUUUACCGGAUCUUCAAGUGGUUGCUCUUGGAAACAACGAGUUCGACGGCGUCGUACCGGAAGGUUUCAGCAGCUUGGUUAGUCUUAAGUACUUAAAUCUCAGUUCCAAUUCAUUUUCCGGACGUAUCCCUUCCACCUAUGGGUUUCUCAAAUCAUUACAAGUGCUUUCCCUGUCUCACAAUCGGAUCUCUGGUUCAAUCCCGCCGGAGAUUGGGAAUUGCUCUCGUCUUGAGGUUCUUGAGCUCGGUUGGAACCGGUUAAAGGGUCACAUUCCGGUUUACGUUUCUAAAUUGUCUCGUUUGAGGAAGCUUGAUUUGGGUCACAACAGUUUAACAGGGAGUGUUCCUGAUCAGGUUUCUAAAGAUUCGUCUCUAGAGUCUCUCCUGCUUAAUUCGAAUUCUCUAUCGGGUCGAAUACCUGAAACUUUAUCAAGAUUGGUGAACUUAACGGCGUUGGAUCUUUCUUCCAACAGAUUGAAUUCCACUAUACCAUCAAGUCUUUCUCGACUUCAGUCUCUGAGCUACUUCAACGUAUCAAGAAACAGCUUACAAGGGGAGAUUCCAACAGCUCUAGCUGCGCGUUUUCCUAAUCCGUCCGGCUUUGUUAAUAACCCGAGGCUUUGCGGUAAACCGCUCGGUAUAGAAUGUCCAAAAAUUCGGCGACGAAGAAGGAGAAAGCUAAUCCUAUUGGUGACACUAGCAGUGGCUGGAGCUUUGUUGUUGUUACUCUGUUGUUGUGGUUAUGUGUUUAGUUUAUGGAGAUGGCGGAACAAACUAAGAUUGGGUUUGACUCGGGACAAGAAAGGGACACCAUCACGUACAUCCAGGGCUAGUUCUGGUGGGACAAGAGGAGAAGACAACAAUGGAGGACCUAAACUUGUUAUGUUCAACAACAAGAUCACACUAGCUGAAACUUUAGAAGCCACGAGACAGUUCGACGAAGAAAAUGUAUUGAGUCGAGGAAGGUACGGGUUGGUUUUCAAGGCGACGUUUAGAGACGGGAUGGUACUGUCGGUUCGGAGACUCAUGGACGGUGCUUCGAUAACCGACGCAACGUUCCGUAAUCAAGCAGAGGCUUUAGGUAGAGUGAAGCACAAGAACAUUACGGUCUUGAGAGGAUAUUACUGCGGACCGCCUGAUCUAAGACUUCUUGUUUACGACUACAUGCCCAACGGAAACCUCUCCACGCUUUUGCAAGAAGCAUCACACCAAGACGGACAUGUCUUGAACUGGCCGAUGCGUCAUCUCAUCGCUCUUGGAAUCGCUAGAGGACUCUCCUUCUUGCAUUCUUUAACAAUCAUUCACGGCGAUCUAAAACCGCAAAACGUCCUCUUCGAUGCAGAUUUCGAAGCUCACUUGUCAGAGUUCGGUUUAGAUAGAUUGACUGCAUUGACUCCCGCUGAAGAACCGUCAACUUCAUCCACUCCGGUCGGGUCUUUAGGUUACAUUGCACCCGAAGCAUCGUUAACGGGGGAAGCAAGUAAAGAGAGCGACGUCUACAGCUUUGGGAUCGUGUUGUUAGAGAUCUUAACGGGGAAAAAAGCAGUGAUUUUCACGGAGGAUGAAGAUAUAGUGAAAUGGGUGAAGAGACAGUUACAAAAGGGUCAGAUCGUUGAGUUGCUGGAACCGGGUUUGUUGGAGCUUGACCCGGAAAGUUCGGAGUGGGAAGAGUUCUUGUUAGGGAUCAAAGUUGGGCUGUUGUGUACCGGAGGAGACGUCGUUGAUCGUCCGUCAAUGGCUGAUGUUGUGUUCAUGCUUGAAGGGUGUAGAGUCGGUCCGGCGAUUUCCUUGUCCGCCGAUCCUAGUUCACCUACUUCUCCAGCCGCCACCGCCGCAUCUUGAAGUCGUUUUAUCUUUCUAAUCAUUUUAUUUCUUUUUUCCUUUGUGGAUAAUUCAUUUUCUUUUUAAUGUUGACUUUUAUUGAUCCGUGACUUUUCUUGCGUUGUACUUGUCACGGGUACCACAAUCUGAUUUUAAGUGUCAAAGCUAUUGAAUUUUCCACGACGAAUCAGUUCAA